AUGCAAGGAUUUUUCAUGUGCGAGUGCUGUCCGAAGAAGCCGAAAAAGUUCGAGACCGCGGCUGAGCUUGGUGCACACGAAGCUGAGAAGCAAUACGAGUGCUCAUUCUGCGGUAACCGCUUCAAGAACAAGAACGAGGCGGAGCGGCACCAAAACAGUCUUCAUGUUGCGGCGUCACAGCUGGAGCUGUUCCGCUCUGAGCAGCUACGACCGCGCAUUUCACGACAGCACCAAUCGGCCUGGCGAAGCGGACAGCUGCGGCUACUGUGGCGAAGAGUUCCCACGCAGCGGACGCGGGCCGGGAGCUUCAGCGCCUCGACACGCUACCGAUCAGAACUGGGAGGAGCGCAUUCGUCACCUGCAGGAGGUGCAUAA